AUGAGCACUCAGCUGUACCCCGCAGGCCCCAGGGCCGGGCCGGGCCUGCCCCGCGCUCCGGCGGAGCCCCCGCUGCUCCCGCCCCGCUGCCCGCCGUCACUUCCCGGCCGGAACUCGCCGGGCGUUCCCUCUGAUCGGGCGCGGCGCUCACGCGCGAUUCACCGCGGCUCAGGGGCGGUGCGCUGUGGCGCGGCAUUACCAGGCGACAGUGCCGAGGCUCCAGAAGGUUCCGCCGCGAUGAUGGGCCCGCGCCCCGUCCUGGUUCUCAGUCAGAAUACAAAACGUGAGUCUGGAAGAAAAGUCCAGACAGGAAACAUCACUGCUGCAAAGACUAUUGCUGACAUUAUCCGAACAUGUUUAGGACCAAGAGCAAUGAUGAAGAUGCUCUUGGACCCCAUGGGUGGGAUUGUGAUGACCAACGAUGGCAAUGCUAUUCUUAGAGAAAUUCAAGUCCAGCAUCCAGCUGCAAAAUCAAUGAUAGAGAUCAGCCGCACUCAGGAUGAAGAAGUUGGAGAUGGGACCACAUCUGUCAUUAUCCUUGGUAAGGAGACUGACUCAGACACUUUGCAUCAAGGCUGA